UCCGGUCAGCCCCCUCCCCAAGACCCCCCUUCCCCGGCCCCCCUCUUCGCUCCCUCGGGCCCGGCGGAGCCGCCCGGCCGGAGCGCCCCCGCGAGAUCGGACCAGGACUGAGGCUCAGAGAGGUGAAGUAACUCAUCCAAGGUCACACAGCACUGACUAAACAUAACCUCUGGUUGCCUCCACCCAACCCUGGAGCACCUGCCCCAGGGGUGGAGAUUGCUGUGGUCUGGGAGGACCCUGCCCUAACCCCUCUGCGUCUGCCCCCCAGGCUCAGGCUGCCCAGUGGGCUCAGGCCCAGAGCCCAGAGCAACCAGCACAAUAGCGUCCAACAGCUGGAAUGCCAGCAGCAGCCCCGGGGAGGCCCGGGAGGAUGGGCCCGAGGGCCUGGACAAGGGGCUGGACAACGAUGCGGAGGGCGUGUGGAGCCCGGACAUCGAGCAGAGCUUCCAGGAGGCCCUGGCCAUCUACCCACCCUGCGGCCGUCGCAAGAUCAUCCUGUCGGACGAGGGCAAGAUGUACGGCCGAAAUGAGUUGAUCGCACGGUAUAUUAAAUUGAGGACGGGAAAGACUCGGACAAGAAAACAGGUGUCCAGCCACAUACAGGUUCUAGCUCGGAAGAAGGUGCGGGAGUACCAGGUUGGCAUCAAGGCCAUGAACCUGGACCAGGUCUCCAAGGACAAAGCCCUCCAGAGCAUGGCGUCCAUGUCCUCUGCCCAGAUUGUCUCAGCCAGCGUCCUACAGAACAAGUUCAGCCCACCCUCCCCUCUGCCCCAGGCCGUCUUCUCCACUUCCUCUCGGUUCUGGAGCAGCCCCCCUCUCCUGGGACAGCAGCCUGGACCCUCUCAGGACAUCAAGCCCUUUGCACAGCCAGCCUACCCCGUCCAGCCACCCCUGCCGCCGACGCUCAGCAGUUAUGAGCCCCUGGCCCCGCUCCCCUCAGCUGCUGCCUCUGUGCCUGUGUGGCAGGACCGCACCAUCGCCUCCUCCCGGCUGCGGCUCCUCGAAUAUUCCGCCUUCAUGGAGGUGCAGCGCGACCCUGACACGUACAGCAAACACCUGUUUGUGCAUAUCGGCCAGACGAAUCCCGCCUUCUCAGACCCGCCCCUGGAGGCAGUGGAUGUGCGUCAGAUCUACGACAAGUUUCCCGAGAAGAAGGGUGGCCUGAAGGAGCUCUAUGAGAAGGGGCCCCCUAACGCCUUCUUCCUCGUCAAGUUCUGGGCCGACCUCAACAGCACCAUCCAGGAGGGCCCGGGCGCCUUCUACGGGGUCAGCUCCCAGUACAGCUCGGCCGACAGCAUGACCAUCAGCGUCUCCACCAAGGUGUGCUCCUUUGGCAAGCAGGUGGUGGAGAAGGUGGAGACCGAGUACGCCAGGCUGGAGAACGGGCGCUUCGUGUACCGCAUCCACCGCUCGCCCAUGUGCGAGUACAUGAUCAACUUCAUCCACAAGCUCAAGCACCUGCCCGAAAAGUACAUGAUGAACAGCGUCCUGGAGAACUUCACCAUCCUGCAGGUGGUCACGAGCCGGGACUCCCAGGAGACCUUGCUCGUCAUUGCUUUCGUCUUUGAAGUCUCCACCAGCGAGCACGGGGCCCAGCACCACGUCUACAAACUCGUCAAAGACUAGGGUGCCCUCCGCCCCCACCACCACAAUCCAGGACGAGCAUCUUCUCCACACACCUGCCUGGCACCCCUAGGGGUCCAGGAUUGAGGACUCAUCCACCUGCCAGGCCUCAGGCCCAGGACCCAGGAGGCCUCCCCAUCUACCCUGCACACACACUCUCUGCCACUGUUCUGCGCUUUAACUGAGGGAGAAGAGAGGAGAGCUCAGCGGUGGGGCAGCCUGGCGGUUAUGCUGACCACCGUACCCAGCUCUGCCCAGCCUCGAAAGACUGGGAGGACACCUUUGAGCCCAGGCACCCAUGGCCGCUGGCCCCUCACGGGACUGUGACGGGCGGGUGAGGGCAGAAUGGAGACCAAGGGAACCGGAGUGCAGAGGCCCCAGAAGGGGAGUGUUCAGUUGGGGUCAAGUUGAGAAGAAGAAAGAGGAGCCCACACUUUCUGUGCGCCUGCUGUGUGCCAGGCCUCAUGCAGGCCCCCAAGUGCCUUGUGCCAUCCUCAGACCCUGCACGGCAAGCGUGUGGCUCGCUAUCUCAGUGGAGGGACCUGUGGGAGGGGUGGGCGGAGUUGGAGUCCUCCCCCAGCGCUGCCUGUCCCUAGAGCCCAGGUUUAUGCUACCUCCCUGGAGUGGGGGCUGGCCACGGGGGCAGGAGGGAGGGUCUGCACUGAGGGGCCAGCCGGCUGGAUUGGGGGCCUGAACAGACCACCUCCUUCCAGAGCACGGGGGACUCCUUGCGGCCCUCAGAGCUGCCUGACCCAGGUCCAGUCCCGAGCCACCCAGCAGCCUCCCGAUGGGCGAAGGCUUCCAGGGGCAGGCCCAGGCCUGAAGCAGGCUGGAGGGUCAGGUGGGAGGAUGAAGUCCCAGCCCCUGGGCAGGCCACUGGCCCAGGGACAAGGGGUAGCAGAAAAGUUUGGCAUUUUCUCUUGCCUAAGACUUGCGUCUGGUGGUGAACCCUCGGGGGGCACCUGUCCCUUCUGUUUUCCCCACCUCAGUCUCUCUGGCCUGGAGCAGCAGCUCCCCACACCCCGUUCUGGGAUUGAAGGUUAACCCUUCCCUGGCAGCCCCUUCUCAAUACCCAGGCUCCUCGGCCCCCAGCCCCGUCCUCCCACUGCCCGUGGGUAUUUAUGAGUUUCGUAUGAAGUACUGUGCCCCUUCCUCCCCCGGCCCGGCCGCCCCUGAGCUUCCUGAAGGUCCUCACAGUUUGCAUAUCGCUCAGGCCACCUCCAAACCCAACCUAGGUUUUAUAAUGUAUAUUAUAUAUUUGUUGUGUAUUUUUUAAAUCCAGCUGUGAUGGGUUAUAUCAUAAAUGUGGCGCAAGGCUGGCGCAGGGGCCCUCAAGGCCCAGCUCCUGCUUAAAAAAAAAAAUUAAAGUUAUUUGUUUGUGGGUUA